AAGGCGCUGAUGCUCCGGCCCUUCCCGUGCGGCCAUGUCCGAGAGGGAGAGCCAGGAAAGCUCGGGAGGCCAGUGCCCCGUGUGCUACGAGAAGUUCUGCGAUCUGGAGGGCGCCAGCCGGACGCUGCGCUGUCGCCACGUGUUCUGCCAUGCCUGCCUGGUCAGGUACCUCCUCUCCACGCGCGUGGACGGGCAGGUCCAGAGGACCAUCGUCUGCCCCGUCUGCCGCUGCAUCACCUUCCUCAACAAGAAGAGCUCCUGCUGGCCCUCCCAGCUGGACAAGAGCUCUCAGACCCUGGCCGUGCCCAUGGGCCUGCCGCCCGCGCCACCGCCGGACACCCUAGGCCACGCCAACCCCCUGGCCCUCUCCCAGCCUUGCUGGAGGCCGUCCCCGAAUCAGGGCGGCCAGCUGCCCUUGAACCCGCCGCCCGGCCUGCCCCGGGAGCCGCAGAUCUUCAUCAUCAGCUGCCACGGGAUGCCUCUGGGGGCGGAGCAGGACAGCAUCCUGCCCGGGCGCAGCCUGGCCGAGCCCUCGGAGGUCUCCCAGGUGCCCACCUCCACCCGGUCGUUCUGCAGCUGCUACUGGGCCCUACUGCUCAUCACCCUCAUGGCCGUGGUGGCUGCCAUCCUGCCCUGGGUGCUGCUGGUGAGGAAGCACGCGUGAGUGGGGCACUGGCCCGAGGGCCGCUCUGGAAGCUGCCCGCUCACACAGCCAGGCUGCCUGGGGGCGGCCAGCCGAGCCCUGAGGGGUGGCCAGGGGCAGAGGGGGUGUUAGGACCGUGCUGGCUGGGGGCCCAGUGGCAUCUCCCCACCCCCGGCUCCCCGCUCCCAGUGCGUCCCAGACGGAACAGGGAGGCCAGGGCUGGUCUGAGCAGCCAGGCUCUGGGCUAAAUGAAAUGGAAACUCCAGGCUCCAGGCCAGGGAGGAAAGCGUGAUGGACACCCCUGCUCAGAAACAGCAGCAGGGGCCAUGCCCUCAGGGGAUACUGGCCCUUCCUCUAGGCUACAGCCGAGUAAGGCAGGGAGAUGGGCGGCUGCUCCGUCCUGUGGGCUCACCAGCCCGAGGGGUAGUCCUCAUCUGCCAGGUGACCUACCUGAGGCCAGCUGGGGUUCUGCGUGGGGUACACCCUGGAGGGGGCCCAAGGGCAGGACUCCUCCAGGUCAGAAUUCCCGGCCAGGGUCCUCCAACCUGCUCCAAGCAAUAAACAGAAGGGGUGGCGCAGGGGCCAAAGGCACUUGUGUUUCCUGGAGUCUCAGCCCCCGUCCGUGAUACCCCACAGCUGGGCAAGGGUGCCAGCCUGGAAGGUCUUCCCUGAGCGAGAAGCGGAUCUCAGGGAGCUCCUGGAGGAAAGAACAGAAAAGGGGAGCGGAGGCCACAUCAGGAGUCGGAAGUCUGUUGACAGAGGCUGAGGCCAGCAAAAUGGCCCACAGAGCCAGAGGUCUCCCCAAGCCUCCCCAGCCCAAGAAUGGUCCAAAUUUUGAGUCUUGGGGUUUUCAAGGAUAGUCUGGAAGGCGGGCAGUGCAGGGGAAGCCUGGUGACCGGGACUUGAGUCAGCUGAAAAGUAUGUGGGCAAACGAACCCCUGGGGCCUCCCUCCCAGCCCAGGUCCUCCUCUUCCUCAUGACCAGCCGCUCAUUAGAGGCCACACCAGCCAGUUCCCGGGGUGGAUUCCCAGGCUGGGCUGGGUGAGGAAGGGUGGGGAAGAGACAGCUGUGCUUGGCAGGGAUGCUUCUGUCUCAGUGAACACUGGAUCCCAGCUGUUGUCGGCCACUGGCCAAGGUCACACCACCUGGGGACCCCGCCUAUGCUGGGGGUCCUUGAUGAGGACACUAGCAAAAGCUCAGCUUGGGUCUUGUCUGGGGAGCGAGCCAUUCGGGGAGAGGUAUUUUCUGUUUACUAAGGCCCGUAAGUCAGUGGGCCAUCAUCUUAAUUUUAGGGCUAAAAACAGCAAAAACCUCAAGCUGUUUCCUGAAAUGGGUGGUUCAGAGGCCAGGUGUGCCAACAGCCAAGCUCUCCACGGCCUCUGCCUCUCUCAGCAAAGCUCGCUGUCUGUGGGGAAAGAAGUAGCUCCCUCUUACCUAGUUCCUAAAAGCCUGUAGUGGUGGUCAUUUGGGGACCAUUAGGGGAUGGGCUCCACCUGCAGGGGAUAUUGGGACACAGGGAGAGUUGAUUUAAUGCACUUACGGGCUUCUUUUCAAGACUAGAGAAGAACAUAGGUGCUAUUGGGGGAGGUACAGGUGGAUUCAUGGGAAAAAUGUUUUAUUACAGGAAUUAAAAUGUUAAAUUUACAAAGACUCUACUGAGUCAGUUUUAACCCCAGCCAGGCUGCUUCAGUGUCAUGAAUUUCUGGAGACCUGCUUUUAGCCUUUUCAGAUUCUGUUGUGUUUGCCAAAAGUUAAUUUCGAAAUACCUGUAGUGUUUCCAUAUUGUGCAGUCGUGACUUGUAGAUGGCACUUCUUUUAUUUUUAAAGAAUGUCAAAAGCUAUAUAUUUUCUCAAAGAUUCCAGACACAUUGUAGAUGCAUGUGGGAGGCGCUGAGCUUGGACCUUUAGGAUAAUUCAUUUUAAACGAAAAAGACCAUCCGAAAACACAAAUGCAAAUGGCUCUUAAACAUUUACUCAGCCACACUUGUGAAAGGAGUGCAAAUUACAAUUCUGCUGGCAUCCCAUUUUUCACCUGUUAGCUCGUCUAAACCCACCCUGCUGCCAACGCUGAGGGAAGCAAGUGAGGUUGGUAGGAAGGGAUACUGAUAAAACCCCUAGGAGGGGGGCUUCCCUCGUGGCACAGUGGUUGCGAAUCCGCCUGCCGAUGCAGGGGACGCGGGUUCGUGCCCCGGUCCGGGAAGAUCCCACAUGCCGCGGAGCGGCUGGGCCCGUGAGCCAUGGCCGCUGAGUCUGCGCGUCUGGAGCCUGCGCUCCGCAACGGGAGGGGCCACAACAGUGAGAGGCCCGCGUACCGGAAAAAAAACAAAACAAAAACAAAAACCCCUAGGAGGGGAAAUUUGACAUUAUCUAUCAAAUGUCCACUUUGACCCAGCAAUUACGGUUCUAGAAAGGUGUCUGACAGAUACACUUGCACAUUGCAGCACUGACAUAUGUAAUUGCAGUGUUGUUCUUAAAAACAAAGAAUUGGGAAAACCCUACAUGGCAGUCAGAAGGGGCUGGUUGUGUAACUUAAGGUGCAGGGACUGUCAUGCAGCUGUGAAAAGAACAAGGAAGGACCUGCAAACUGACUCUGAAAGUCUCCAAGAUCCAAUGGCAAUGGGCAGAGGCAAGCUGUGGAACGCUGGGUAUCCGAUACUACAACCUGUGUAGAAAGUGGGGGCAUAAGAAUUUACUUUCUGGGGCUUCCCCGGUGUCCAGUGGUUAAGAGUGCGCUGAGAACGCACUUGAGGACACGGGGAGCGGGAAGGGUAAGCCAGGAUGAAGUGAGAGAGUGACAUAGACUUACAAAUACUACCAAACGUAAAACAGCUAGCUAGUGGGAAGCAGCCGCAUAGCCCAGGGAGAUCAGCUCGGUGCUUUGUGACCACCUA